UUUUGAGCCACUAACGACCCUUUGUAUUCACGGCCAUAGUUAGGGCGGCGUGAUCGCUCAUCAAUGUGGCGAGCGGCCCGAUUUGGUAGAUUUCGGAGGAGUGAAAUCCGGCGACUUUCCACUGCCGCAUCCCGUCAUCUGGAAGACGAGGGGCACUGGUACUACUCGCCGGAGUGGUGGGGCGAUGGUGGAGCUGAAGGGCACACCGUGUUCCGGUCCAUUUCUGAGCAUGGAAAUGGAACUGUUUCUGUUACAGCCUAUCCUUCUUCCAGGCCGGCUAGAGAGGAGUGGCCUGUCGUAGAAGGAUGGCUUCAGGGGAGAUAUGCAAAGAUUCACCCAGAGAUUAAUCCUCAUGAUGAGUUUUUCAGAGUUCUUGGUUAUCAGUGGCGUGUGCUUCGGUUUAAUGAUGAUACUCGACAAAGCACAGUUAAAAUUAUGGCGGCAUACAGAGAAGCAGAUCCUGCAUCAUUAUAUUUAAUGCAGCAACCUCAUUGUUUGGCUGUACCAUAUCUGAAGAGCAUGGUAUCAGGUGGCUUGACAGCAUUGUCAUCUUCUGGCUUUGAUAUUUCCAACACAGUUAAUGGACAUGCAACAAUGAGUGUUUUAUGCAUUGGUCAUGGCGGGGGUAGCUUGCCUUUAUUCUUGGCUAGCAAAAUUAAAGGUGCUAUCAUUGAUAUCGUUGAGAUUGAUCCUGUUGUUAUCUCAGCUUCAAUUGUAGCUAUGGGCUUCCCUGCAUCUGCUACAGUAGAACAAUUUGAUAAAACAUCCAUACCACAACCUUCUGAUGCAGACAAGCUUCUUUGGGGAAAACUAUAUAACCAACUGCAACUCUACCGAUCUGAUGCGGAGAAUUUUAUCAUCCACAGCUCGAAAAUGUAUGAUUUGAUUUUCAUAGAUGCUUAUGAUGGCGACGAUAUCUUUCCUCGAAAGCUUUGGGUUUCAGAUGGCCCCUUUCUCAAAUCUCUUCAAAGUAGGCUUCAUCCAGUUCAUGGCACUGUGGUGGUUAAUCUCCAUGCAGAUUCUGAUGUUAUUGCAUCCGGGAUAAGUGACUCCAAUGUACUAGAAAGUGUUCUUCCAAUGGGUAAGUAUGUUACUCAGGUAUGUAAAGCUUAUAAGGAGAACCUUGGUUUUGCUUUCAUUUUUUCGGUUCCUUGGCUAUGCAACCUUACUCUUGUGGCUUCCAAUGGCGUUGGUUUGGGGAGAGUUUAUGAAGGGGUUUCUUUGAAUAGGGACCUGGUGCAGAAUGCUCUUGUAUCCCAUUCUAAUAUGAUAGAAUAUCUUCUUGACUUGCCAUUUUCUUGUUUGCCAUAUAUCAAGAGAGAUUUUCAGCUGGUUGAUUGAGUUGCUGAAAAUUGAUUCCUUUUUUGUGAAUAUGAUGAUAGCUUUAUAAGAAUGUGCAUCUCUCUUUAAAAAUUGAGUUCUACAGUGGCGUUAAGUGGCUUGAUUUGUGAUUUGUUUAUUUAUUUUGUUCAAACUGGAUGAAGUCAAAGAGGUGCAAUGUUGGUCUG